UUAGACUCUUGCUUGCAAUCUUCUUCUUCUUCUCCCUCAAUAAGCUAACUAGAUAGCUAGCCAUCAAUAACAGCCAUGAAUGACACAGUAGACAAGCUCGUCAUCUUCCUGGCCAAGAGAGACGGCAUUGACAAGCUAGUAAAAACCUUCCAAUACGUCUCCAAGCUGGUCAACUGGCGGGUCGAGAAAACCCGCCCGGAAUUCGCCCACCGGGCCAAGCAAUGGGAGGUCGCCUCCGGCCUCAGCCGCAAGGCCUUCCGUACCGGCCGUUUCCUCACCGGUUUCAACGCCCUCCGCCGCUCCCCGGGCCCCACCCCCGCCUUCCGCCUCCUCGCCGUCCUCGCCAACUCCGGCGAGAUGGUCUACUUCUUCUUCGACCAUAUUCUCUGGCUCUCGCGGGUCGGCGUCCUCGACGCCAAGCUCGCCCGACGGAUGAGCUUCGUCUCGGCCUUCGGCGAGUCGGUCGGGUACGUGUUCUUCGUUAUCUCGGAUCUCAUCCUCAUAUCGCGCGGGAUACGAGCGGAGAGAAAAUUGGCAAAGGAGAAGGAUGAGAAUGAAGAGGAAAUGAAGAAGAUUAGAGCGGAUAGAGUGAUGAGAUUGAUGGCGGUGGCGGCUAACAUUGCGGACCUUAUUAUAGCAUUGGCUGAUAUUGAACCGAACCCCUUUUGCUGCCAUGCCGUUACGCUGGGAAUCAGUGGUUUGGUUUCUGCAUGGGCUGGUUGGUAUAGGAAUUGGCCCUCAUGAACACAUAUAUAUUUCAUUGAAUUAGUUACAUCAAAAACUUAUACCCAAAUUAAACUACAUGUCAUAUAAUGUAAUAAAUUUCGAUCUGUUUUUCUGCGUUUAGAUCAGAGUUUUUUCUUGUUGCAUGUA